AUGAUGAAACUGGCGCAUGUGACGCAGACCAAUAACGACGUUGACGAUGAGAAAGCUAGCAGUAGCUACAAAAAGAACGAAGACGAUCAAAGCGAGGACAACGACAACAACAUGGACCACGAUGAUAAUAACGCUGAGAUCGACGUGCACGAAAUCAUACACGGAGUCGCGCUAAUACACUGUGCUGCGAUCGGGGGAUCUUUGAAGAUAUUGAGGAUACUAGAGGAGUCUGGCGCCAACAUCAACGCACUCGACGCCUUGCAGAGAACACCGCUGCACUGGGCAGCGUUCCGCGGGAACCAGGCUGUUGUUGAGUACCUAUGGGAAAGGUCAGACACGGAGCUGCGAGACAGUGACGGCAGGACGGCGUUACAUCUAGCAAAGCUGUCAGGCCAUGUCCAGACAGCUAAUUGGCUCAUCAGUAGAGGAGGUAACAUUUAG